UGUGUGGAAUGCCUCUUGACCCGUCGCUCGUGCAAAAUUCGCGCCUCGUAUCCUCGUUCCAGCAACGACGGAAUGACAGACGAUCCUUUUCGUCGGACGGACGACGGUCGGUAAGUCGAGGAGAGCGCGCGCUGCGCCGAACGCGAGUGAAGUAAAUUGCGAGAGAAAACGCGUCGCGAAUCGCGCGACUUUGCGCGCCUAACGCGAGAACCGCAUCGGCGGCGAUCUUUUUGCAAGUUGACGACGUCCCGUCGCGCAUCCGUCGCGCAGUAAUCACGGGGAGUAUACGUCCGGAACGGACGGAAUAAAAAAAAACAGAUAUUCUUGGGACAGAAACGUGUAAGUAACGCAAUUGCCACAAACUUUGACGCGAGUCACAAAUACAGUUAAUCAAAAAAGAAAUAAUCGUGGAUAGCGGGAAUUGAAACGAUUUAAAAACAAGCUAACAGGUUUUUUAAUCGCGCCGAAGCGGAGAGCGAGAAAGUGCAAGGUGACUUGAUUGCUUUUACGAGCUCGACUCGUUUUUUUCUUGUGUGUUUUGUCAAAGUACAUUACUCGUCGCGCAUCCGCGGCAGCGUUGCCGCGGAUUAUCACGUGACUUUAUGAAUGCUUUUCACGAAGCGGCGCGUAACGCCGGCUUUCGGUACGACCGAGACGACGGCGCGAAGCUCGCUGCGAACGAAAUUCCUCGCGAGUGAAAUCCGCUUGAAAUUGUACUGAUAGUGUCACGCGCGCGGAGUGUUUUCUGUCGUGUGGAAAAGAGCCGCGCGACGAACAACGUUGUCGACGUGUGAAUUAAAUCGACAGCGACGAGGCGUGACGUAAAACGAAGGUCAUCAUCGUGCGUAACGAUGAUCGUGAAUCGCGCCUGAUGAAUUCGCGGAGUAAAGGCCGCGCGUGACAGACGAGAUAAGUGACGGCGAUUCGUACGGGAGUCCGAUCUUUUUGUGUACACACAACGGUCGUCGUUACACACACAGCGUCGGCAUCGCUAAUAAGAGUCACAAAUAUUCACGCGCAAACUAAAAAACAUAAAAGUUUCGCCGAAGUCGGUGUCCUUGUGAAUCUGGUUUUGGAGUAAAUUUGUCACGUUGUCAUCCGCGAUGCUGCGGAUCUUCCUAUGCGCGAUCGAACGGUUCGCGAAUGACGCGACGAACGAUGUCGUUAAAGUCUCUACAACGUCUCAAGAGGAAGGAAGGAUCCGACUUUGAAAGAAAGUAAGAGUGUCGAGAACCAACAUAUACCGUCAUCAUGGCUUACGUGCUCUGGCGGGUGUUUAUGAAGAAAUAUUCGAAGGUGCGGCUGGGCAUCAGAAAUCUGCCGGUGAUACCGGCAGAUCGCCGGCCACCGGAAAAGGAGGAAACAUGGACUACCGAGCAGCAAGAUUCCUGCGCUCUCUUCGACGAUACCGUGAAUGCCAAAGUGAAAGAAGCGCAAGAUUUCGAGAAAACGCAGACAAAACCGCCCACAGAAGUAAUACCUACGGACGCGAGCGCGGACAAUGUCUUGCCACGCAGCCAGGAAACCCGAAAGAGCAAGACCAAGAAAGUGAAGAGCUACCUGAGAAAGUGCAAGGGUGCGCUGUCGAAAGGCGAUGAGAGCAUCGCUGAGAAGAGACGUCAGGAGAACUGCACUUCGUGGUACUUAGAGGACUUUCCGACCUGUGCGAGUCAUCAGGAGGAUCGUGACGAGCCUCCGGAGAGAUACACGGAAUUCCCCGAAGAGAGACUCGAGCAGGCUGCUGAGCCCGUCGAAGAUUCCGCGCGUGAAACAGAAGAGAGUUUCUUGAGAGGCGAGAAUCUUGAGGAGUUUCCGAACGAAGCUCUCACUAGGUUGUUGUCGGACGAGAAUCGCGAUCUUAGCCGAAGCAGAACGUCUCUUUGCGAAGGCGUCAGAGAUGCGAAUCCGGAACAACGCGCCUCGGACGAGGAAAUUCCGACGAAAGAAUCGGAACAAUUCCGCACGGACGAGGAAAACACACCUGUUUUUCUCAAGACGCUGGAGACAGAAGACGACAUGAAUCUGAACAAGUGCGACUCGAGCGAUACGUUGAUAGCAGAAGUACCGGAAGCAAUCGAAACUCCGCUGGAUCUUGAUUCGGAAUUAACGAUCGGAGAAGAACAAAAGGAGUUUGCGGUCGAUGAGGAAACAACAUUAGCAGUUGCUUCAUCCUGCGCGAAUCGCGGGGACUUUGCUUCUCUAGUGCGGAGCUUGCUCGGACCGAUCUACGGCGACGGUGUUAUGGAUCUGCUCGUGCGGCAAGCGCGGGACAUCCUGGUGUGCGCCUAUCACGGAAACUUGGACAACUUCGUCCGGACGUAUCUGUCACCUGCCGCAACCCUGCUGGAGGAAGUCAAGAAUGUCGCGUCCGAAACGGGGAACGAAGCGGUGGUGCCGGAGGGCUGGCCUCUGACGUUAGGCGGCAACGGUCUGAUUUUACAGCUGGGCGAGCUCGAGGCGUCCGCGCUACGUCUCGGGGAAUGUUACCUCUGCGUACGCAGCGCGGCUGCUGCAACUGCAACCACCUCGUCGGUCAGCGGUGCCACGACUGCCGGUGAAGCCGCCGUCGAGCAGAAUACCGUUGAGAUAGCACUAGUCUGGCGAACCACGUCGAUGAGGGCGCCGGGUAUCCUGGGCUGGGACCGUGAGGACGAGUUCAUGGACUGGCGGGACCUGACGAACAAAGGUCAGACGAGUUCGACGGGUGCGAGUCUCGGCGGGGCGCAAACCUCAGGUGUAAUGAAGAUCAUCGGUCGGCCGCGACGAAGAUCGCGCGAAGAUGCGCGAUCGCGGGUACGCGAGACCAAUCGUACCAGCAGCGCCGAACACCGCCGGGAAGAGGCCAGAUCGAUCGACAGGCUGGAGCAUCAGAGCUGUCGCGAGAAUCGCGCGAUCGAUCAGCCCGGACACACCGCCACGGUAAUGAAGUCCAGAUCCGCGUCCAGCGUCGACGCCUGGAAGGAAGACCUCGACGGCGGCGUCCACGAUCGCGCUCGAGGCUCGGGUCGCAGAUCACGUUCCAAGAACUCGUCUAGUCCGAGCUGCGACGAUAGCCGCGCCAGAGUAAAGCGUUGCGCCAAAGUGGUCUCCACCCCGACAAUGGAGAAGUGGAAGGAGAGCAGCAGGUGUGAGACUCGCGGCAAGGCGGUUGCGCCUGCAGAUCUGAAGAGCCCGCUGCACUUCGAGGAAAGCGUUUUGCGACAGGCUGACACCGCCGGCGAAUCGCUGAAGGAUCUUGACGACAGGCUGCGUAACGUAGGUGGCCUGGAGGACGUUAGCGACGAGGAUCUGCCGGCGUACAUAGGCAAUCUGCUUGUCACCGUCGAGAGAAAAAUCGAGCGUGUCUCUCUCGACGACAUGACGUUUCCCUGUCCGGCGUGUAGAAACAUAGACACGGACGAUCCGUUGUUGGGAUGCAGAUGUUCCAGUGAGUUCGGUUGCAACGCCAGCGAGGAUAAAUGCGACUGUCCUUCCUCCGGAUCCGCCUCGCGGAAAGAGCAGUCCGCAAAGAGCUUCGAAGUCGCAGGGAUCAAACACAUCGACAGCGACGACGAGGAGGAAGUGCGGAUGGGAUUUGGAACCAAACGGCGAGUCGACGAGGUAGCGUCACCGAGGACGAUCCACGACUUGCCGGAACAAGUUCUCACAUGUGGCCUGUCGCUUCCUGGAUACACGGAUGUUGUCGGAAGACCAGUUAUCGAAUUCGAGGACAACGUAUCCACGAGAGAAGCCUUCUCCAUUAGAGAGACAUCAUCGUUCCUGCUCUACCUCGCUCGUCUACCUAGCUCCGACCAAACAAAAGAUGGCUUCACCAUUUUUAUCCGCGGCGACUCCAAGGACAGUCUGGAGUUCUUGGAUAAAGUGUUGGUUCUGCUGCAGGGCAGAAUCAACGUGGCUCAGGCUCUCGUACUCCGAAGCGCCACGACCACGGACGGACCGGUCGAUUCUCUCUUACCUUUCAGCAGCGUUCAGACCGUCGUCGUGAAUGACGCCACUCUGGUCAAGUAUAUUCCCAGGCGAGAAGAAAAUCACGACCAGAUGCAAUGGAUCGCUUUUUACAAGGAAUACGACAGUCUUAUGACGGAGUGGCAAUCGGCCGGUCGCAGAUUGGCACUCGAAAUGUCGGAGCUGAAGGAAUACACAAGCCUGUCCGGCACUUUGACGCCUCUCGGUCGGCUCCUCGCGGACCCCACAUUGAGAAGAACGUCCAGAGAUGCCGAAGAGGCCAUCGCCGCGCUCGAGGAACGCGCGGCCCCGGUUCUGCACAUUGAUCACGUUAGAUUGUCGGUGAAACGAGCCCGGAGACUGGUGGAAGAGGUUGGCAAAGCCGCCACCAGACUGGAGUCGUCGUUCGAGUCGCGACGCGCGACUAUUCGCAAUCUCGCGGUUCUGCGGAGCAUCGAGGAUCAAGCGCACGAGAUAUUAUCGUGGCUCUGCAAGAAAGGCGAGGACAUCCUGUCGAAACACGCACAGCACACCGCGACGAGCUUGGCAUCGGCGCGACUUCACGAGCGUGAAUUCGAGAAGUUUUAUUUCACGUCGAUGAGACAUCUAGACAAAGGAAGCGACCUUGCCGAGGCGGCGAGCGCGAGCGGACUCCGCGAACUCGCGAGGUCGUUGAAGCACCACCUGCGCGGAUUCGGUUCCCGUUUGGAAGACAAACGGGAGUACCUGGAGGACACGUCGAGAUGCUGUCUCCUUCAGGAUCGCGCCUACGAGUGGGCGCAGGAGGCGCGCCUGGCGGGCGAGCGAAGAUCCCAGCAGUUCCUGAUGGCGAGGCCUCCUCUACCGCCCGAACACUUCAACGAAAUGAUGGCUCUGGCCGAAAAACUCGGUAACGAGGUCCUUCUGGAACAAUGUCGCAUCGCCAGGAACAAAUGCGCGGAAGCCCUGGAAAUCGCUAGGACCACGUCCGCUCCGGGAAGUCCCGCCAGAAGAAGAUCCUUCACCGCUUCCGAGUCGACACCUUGGGACGAUACGCUGGCAAAAAGAACGUCCUGGGACGACAGCGACAGCACCGCGUCUUACGCUUGUCCGAUGGAAAGCGUCGGAUCGGGCGGUAGCAGCGGUCGACCGGUGCUUGAUAACAUUGCUGAACUUCGCGAAAGCGCCGAGCAACUCUUGGACUGUUCGCCACCGCGAACACCUCCGCGAAGCCCAGCUCCACGGAGAUUGGUGAAACCGCCGGUGAAUUCGCACCUUCACAGAUCGGCCAGCAUCGCACCGGGAAUGAAGGCGAAAAAAACAAUACUGCUCAUAAUGAGGGAGAUGAUACAGACUGAACGAGACUACGUCAAGUCCCUCGAGUACAUAAUAGAGAACUACAUCCCGGAACUCGUACGAGAGGACAUCCCGCAGGCUCUCAGAGGACAAAGAAACGUGAUCUUCGGAAAUGUUGAGAAGAUUUACGAGUUUCACAGUCAACACUUUCUACGCGAAUUGGAGCAGUGCGAGCAAUCGCCCAUGCUGGUGGGCCAGUGUUUCCUCAGACAUGAGAAAAAGUUUUACCUUUACGCCUUGUAUAAUAAAAACAAACCAAAUUCGGACUCGCUGAUGGCGGAAUACGGAACGAGCUUCUUCAAACAGAAGCAGAUUGAGCUGGGAGAUAAAAUGGACCUGGCCAGUUAUUUACUGAAGCCGGUCCAGCGAAUGGGAAAAUAUGCUUUGCUACUUCAACAGCUAGUCAAAGCCGGCACGGAUCUAUCGGAACAGUUGUCCGGUAAAGAGGAAAAGGACGAGAAGGACGAUGGCAUGAAACCAAUGGUGGAGGGUGAAGCGGAUUUGAGGGCUGCCGAACAGAUGGUGCGAUUUCAACUUCGACACGGAAACGAUCUUUUAGCGAUGGAUUCGCUUCGUGAUUGCGACGUGAAUGUAAAAGAACAGGGCAGACUGCUGCGACAGAACGAGUUUUUAGUCUGGCAAGGAAAAGGCAAGAAGUGCUUACGUCAGGUGUUCCUGUUCGAAGAUCUUAUACUCUUCAGCAAGGCAAGAAGAUUCCCCGACAGAAAGAACCUUGACAUUUACAUCUACAAACAUAGUAUUAAGACGACGGACAUCGGUUUGACCGCUGUUAUCGCGGACUCGCCCACAAAGUUCGAGAUCUGGUUCCGCAAGAGAAAACCAGGCGACACGUACACGCUGCAGUGCGCGAGCGAGGAUAUCAAGAAAGCAUGGACUGAGGAACUUAGCAAUCUCUUGUGGAAGCAGGCGCUUCGAAACAGAGAAGUGCGCCUGGCGGAGAUGUCGAGCAUGGGCAUUGGGAAUAAACCGUGUUUAGAUAUAAGGCCUAGCGCGGAUCAGAUUAACGAUCGCUCUAUUAGCGUAGCUCAACUGUCCAAAACGCCCAGAUUUAGAAACUCCAUAGCGGUGUCAAUGGCGGAGGAUUCGAACCGCUGCAGUCGAAGACCGCACAGCGUAAUUUCCGUCAGUUCGUCUUCAAGCAGCGGCGGAAGCAGCGGUCCUCCUACGACGCUUAAUCUUGGACUCGACACGAGUCCGCGACCGCAUCAUCGCAGUACCACACUGAACAGCCAGUGCAGUGUUGAAAGUGGAAUUAUUGCUGACAUUUCGAUCGUAUCGGACGACGGGGGUGACGGCACGGAGAGAAGUCAUUGGAAUUCAAACCUAGAAAGUCCUACAUCGCAACUACCUACAAACACUUCCACCCCUCUGCAGUCGCCGACCAGCGCGACAGCGGCAACGGUCACCCCCGCUUCUUCGACGGACACGAAUCUCACAUCUUACGAUCAAGAUAUGUCCAUCAAUCUGUGAAUCUCUCUCGACACGGGAGACGCAGCAAAAAAGCGAUUCUAUCAUUGAUUAAAAACUCGCAAGCUCUGUGUUACGGUUACAGGGAUGACACGUGACACAUUGUCGUGGCAUAUUUUAGAUAGGUACAAUGAGGUAAUAUCGUCGCACGCGUACUGUAGCAUUUAGAAGUAUAUAUUGUAUUCUUGAGCAACAAUAAUAUCGUCGACAUAACGGAGAAAAAGAAAACUAUGAAAAUCGCAUGCAAUCCGGUAGAUCACCACGUUACGCUUAACACGUGUGCCCAGCUAUAUACGAACUUGUAUACUCGCAUUACACAUAGACUCUAGAAUUACAGGGAGAUGCGCGGCACCGCAAUUACGAGGACAAUUUACACCUUCAACUGAAUCCGUCUAUGAAUUUUAUCUUUUGAUACGCUUUGAGGUUUAUAGAUCGUAUAUAGCUAUAUUACCUAUGUGGAAGCUAUAUCACCAAUAACCGGUUUCUGAAGUAACAGCAAACGUGUAUUUUCUUAUAUCCCGUUCCAUUAAUUUUUAUCAAUGUGCUCAAGACGACGUUUAGAUAGGUAUGUGUUCUACUAAUUGUACGAUCGUAUGUCGAGGUAUGCUACAGUACCACAAACGAUAUGCACUGAUCGCCAUCCUCAUUUCAACAUUGGCAUUCCUGAUUACAAUUACGGCGGAAGAAUCUUGUGAAAGCGUCCGGUGACUUAUAAUGACAAUUUUAUACUUUUUAUUUAUAUACAUUGUGUAGUUAAAAUACACAAACAGUAAUAUUUUAACUCCAACAUUGUGUUCGUGCUUAUUGUAUUAAGAGAAAAGUACGUGAUUAUAUCUUAGACAUGCAAAUCUUACGGGAAGUCAGAGAAAAGUAUAUAAAUUUUCUUACUAAUCGUCUUGUUAUCGCGGUUAUUUCUUCGACGAUACAUCUGACUAAUUACGAUUGUGUAGAUUGCAUGUUCAGGAAUGUCAAAUCAAUGCGCACACAUACAUACCAAUUUGUAAUAUAAUGUAAUAUCAAAAAGGUAUAUAUAUAUAUAUAUAUAUAUACACGC